AUGGAGGGGCCCCAGAGCUCCACCCCUGCCUUCAGGAUGCUGCUGCUGCUUUUGGUGGUGUCGCUGGGUCCAGCUUGGCACGUAGCUGCCCAGCGAUGCCCACAGACCUGUGUCUGUGACAACUCCAGGCGGCACGUGACCUGCCGGCACCAGAACCUCACUGAGGUGCCGAACACCAUCCCUGAGCUGACCCAGAGGCUGGACCUCCAGGGCAACAUGCUGAAGGUCAUCCCUCCAGCCGCCUUCCAGGACCUGCCACACCUCACACAUCUGGACCUGCAGCACUGCCAGGUGGAGCUGGUGGCCGAGGGUGCCUUCCGAGGCCUGGGCCGCCUGCUCCUCCUCAACCUGGCUUCCAACCGCCUGAGCAUGCUGCCCCAGGAGGCUCUGGACGGACUAGGCUCACUGAGGCGGCUGGAGCUGGAGGGGAACAUGCUGGAGGAGCUGCGGCCGGGGACCUUCGGUGCCCUCGGCUCGCUGGCCACCCUCAACUUGGCCAACAACGCCUUGGUCUACCUGCCCGCCAUGGCCUUCCAGGGGCUGCUGCGCACUCGCUGGCUGCAACUGUCCCACAACGCGCUCAGCGUGCUGGCCCCCGAGGCCCUGGCGGGCCUGCCGGCCCUGCGCCGCCUCAGCCUGCACCACAACGAGCUGCAGGCCCUGCCCGGGGCCGCCCUGUCCCAGGCCCGCAGCCUGGCGCGUCUGGAGCUGGGUCACAACCCGCUCACCUACACGGGGGAGGAGGACGGCCUGGCGCUGCCCGGCCUGCGGGAGCUGGCCCUGGAGCACGGGGCCCUGCAGGCGCUCGGUCCCCGGGCCUUCGCCCACUGCCCGCGCCUGCACACCCUGGACCUCCGCGGGAACCAGCUCACCACCCUGCCCCCGCUGCAGGGCCCGGGCCAGCUGCGCCGCCUGCGGCUGCACGGCAACCCGCUGUGGUGCGCCUGCCACGCGCGGCCCCUGCUCGAGUGGCUGGUGCGGGCUCGAGUGCGCUCGGACGGCGCGUGCCGGGGCCCGCGGAGGCUGCGCGGCGAGGCCCUGGACGCGCUGCGGCCUGCAGACCUGCGCUGCCCGGGGGACGCGGCGGCGGACGAGGACGAGGACGAGGAGCGGCCGGCCGGGCCCCGCGUCCCUCCUCGCUCCCCGCCGCCGCCGGAGGCCGCCGCCGGGGCCGCGCCCUGCCCUCCGGCCUGCGUGUGCGUCGCGGAGACGCGGCACAGCGCCUGCGACGGCCGCGGCCUGCAGGCCGUGCCCCGCGGCUUCCCCAACGACACCCAGCUCCUGGACCUGAGGCGCAACCACUUCCCGUCGGUGCCCCGCGCGGCCUUCCCGGGCCUGCGCCACCUCGUGUCGCUGCACCUGCAGCACUGCGCCAUCGCGGAGCUGGAGCCCGGCGCCUUGGCGGGCCUGGACGGCCUGCUCUACCUCUACCUCUCCGACAACCAGCUCGCCGGCCUGAGCGCUGCGGCCCUCGAAGGGGCCCCCCGGCUCGCCUACCUGUACCUGGAGCACAACCGCUUCCUGAGGGUCCCGGGGGCCGCUCUGCGAGCCCUGCCCAGCCUCUUCUCGCUCCAUCUCCAGCACAACGCGGUGGAGCGCCUGGCACCCGGGGACCUGGCGGGAGCGCGGGCUUUGCGCUGCCUUUACCUGAGUGCGAAUCACAUCACCCAGGUCUCACCUGGGGCGCUGGGGCCCGCCCGGGAGCUGGAGAAGCUGCAUCUUGACAGGAAUCAGCUGCGAGAGGUGCCCACGGGAGCCUUGGAGGGGCUGCCUGCGCUCACGGAGCUGCAGCUCUCGGGGAACCCGUUCAGGGCGCUGCAAGAUGGGGCCUUUCAGCCCGUGGGGCGGUCGCUGCAGCAGCUUUUCCUGAACAGCAGUGGCCUGGAGCAGAUUUCUCCCAGGGCCUUCUCAGGCCUGGGAUCAGGGCUCCGGAACCUGUACCUGCAGAAGAACCGACUUCAGUCCCUGCCUGCGCCGCUGUGGCUCAGCGGGCUGGAGCUCAUCGACCUCAGUGGUAAUCCCUUCCACUGCGACUGCCAGCUGCUCCCACUGUACAGGUGGCUCACUGGGCUGAACCUGCGGGUGGGGGCCACUUGUACCACCCCUCUCAGUGCCCGUGGCCAGAAGGUGAAGGCUGCAGCUACUGUCUUUGAAGCUUGCCCAGGCUGGACUGCCAGGAAGGCCAAGAGGACACCAACCUCCAGGUUCAGUGCCAGGAGAAGCCCUAUCAGCAGAAGACACUGAGGAACAGACAAGGUUGGCCCUUACGGGGAGGCAGGGCUGGGUCCCAAAGCUGCUGGGAAGCCACAGCCCUGAUUUUUCUUGGUCCUGACUUGUGAUUCCUGAACUGGGUAAUGACCCGUGGUCCUGCUGCAUGAUUCAGCAAUGUCCCUCUCCGCACUGGACACCAGAGCAUAUUUACCCCAGUCCUGUUUUCAUCGGAUCUGUGUUGACUCCACCCUCUGCCACCCCAACCUCAUAGACCUGGCGGGAGGAUGGAAGUUCAGGUGCUGGCUCUGCCUCCCAGCACCUGUCAGUCACAGGGUGAGAUGUCACCUGAUGUGAUAGUCAGGUCCUUGAAUGUUGGGGGUCAUGGGAGGGGACCAACGGGCAGCAUUGGAACUCAUGGAACACAGCUGGGCGGCUGGCAAAGCCACACCUGAGUGAGCCUUGGGGAGGCAAAGCCCCGAGGACUAGGUGUCCUGAGGACCUCCUGCUGUUAGUGAGCACAGCUCUGACUGUUGCCUUCAUGACCACCACGUCCCUCAUAAUCUGUGGGUUGUAAUGAAAACUCUCAGGGGGCUCUAGCCCCUCACUGGGCAGUGUUACUGGUACUUAUAAUAAUAGUGAUUGACUUUUUCCAAGCAUUGCUGCUGGAGCAGAUUAAUGAUUCAACCACCACCCGUAGAAAGAAUUGAGAGAUGUCGAAUUAUUAAUAAGAUUAGGUUGAGAUGUUUUUGUUAAUAGCUUUGAGGUGAAAAGCCUGGAGAAACAACCCAAAGUUUUAGAAAGGCACAUAGUUGAGGGAGGGACUUGUUAAGGUCAGGGAACAAGAACAAAGCAGCCCUGUAAUUAUUAGCUGACAUGCCUUUCUUGUUAGGGUGACUUGUUGGUGAUUGAUGAUGGUUCCUUGUGCCCAUUUCUGCCCUCUGCUUUCUGAUAUACAAAACUGUUGAUGAAUGAGUCUGCACCCUAGGAUUUGAAGUAGAGCUGACUGGUUUUCAUAUAUAAAAGCUUAGGUUUGUGAUUCAAAACUCUUUAUAGUCUUAAAUAAAUAAUAAAUGGCCUUUUCUUUUUAACUGCAAAAUGCAGCCUGCCAGUAAAAUUGGCUGAGAAAAAUACCUUGCUUGCUUAUACUCUGUUAAUCUAUAAUAAGUUGCUUGGACAUGAAUGUAUGUGUGUUCUUGGGACAACUUGUUUUCACUUGUAAUAUGUAAAAUGUUUAAUCCUGUAGAAAUAUGGAAAACAUGUUUUUUACUUGUA